CGUUGCAAGCAUCAUCUUCUCCGCGCGACAAGGUGCUUUGCCUACUGGUACUGGCUGAUCUGUUUGGCCUCACCUCUUCUUCCAAAAGCUCCCUUCUUUGUUUUUCUAUUCCCACCCAUCCCGUUGACUAUUCCUACCCUGCCAAGAAGUCAAGGAAACAGAGUACCAGAAGAGGUUUGAUUCUUUGAAUCCGAGAAAAAAUGGUGUCUGGUGGCGGUGACAGAAUGGCACUGCCGUCUCAUCAGCCUCCAAACGGCGGCGUUUCACAGGAUUCCGGUCACGCCCGCCUCCACGAACUCGGCUACAAGCAAGAGCUCAAGCGUGACCUCUCGCUGCUUUCGAAUUUUGCGUUUUCGUUUUCCAUCAUAUCGGUGCUCACCGGAGUAACCACUCUGUAUAAUACUGGGCUGAGAUACGGCGGCCCUGUGUCUUUCGUUUACGGGUGGUUUAUAACGGGUGUCUUCACCAUCUUCGUUGGGUUGUCAAUGGGGGAGAUUUGCUCUUCGUACCCAACUUCUGGGGGUCUGUACUACUGGAGUGCCAAGCUUGCUGGCCCCAAAUGGGCACCCUUUGCUUCUUGGCUCACUGGCUGGUUCAACAUAGUUGGUCAGUGGGCAGUUACAACUAGCGUGGAUUUCUCACUUGCACAGCUGAUUAACGUGAUCGUUCUCCUUAGCUCGCGUGGAGGGAAUGGCGGUGGUGGCACUUCGAUAAAUAAGUAUGGAACCAUUGGUAUCCAUGCAGGAAUCUUGUUUCUACAUGCUCUUAUAAACAGUCUGCCCAUCUCGUACCUAUCUUUGUUUGGACAAGUCGCUGCUGCGUGGAAUGUUGCAGGCGUCUUUCUCCUCAUGAUUCUCAUACCCUGUGUUGCAACGGAGAGGGCCAGUGCGAAGUUUGUAUUCACUCACUUCAACACCGAUAACGGGGAGGGAGUCAGCAACAAAUUUCACAUUUUUGUUCUGGGACUUCUGUUGAGUCAAUAUACCAUAACCGGCUAUGAUGCUUCUGCCCAUAUGACAGAGGAAACCAAGAGUGCUGAUACGAAUGGGCCAAAAGGAAUAAUUAGUUCCAUCGUGAUAUCCAUUAUCGUUGGAUGGGGUUACAUACUCGGCAUCACCUUUGCAGUUACUGACAUCCCGUACCUUUUGGAUGAGAACAAUGAAGCUGGCGGUUAUGCCAUUGCUGAAAUAUUUUACCUUGCAUUCAAGAGUAGAUACGGCAGUGGAGUUGGAGGAAUUGUAUGCUUGGGAGUGGUUGCGGUUGCCAUAUUCUUCUGUGGUAUGAGUUCAGUUACUAGCAACUCCAGGAUGGCGUAUGCAUUCUCUAGAGAUGGAGCCAUGCCAUUAUCACCCUUUUGGCAUAAAGUGAACAAACACGAAGUCCCCGUAAACGCUGUUUGGCUUUCAGCUUUCAUAUCGUUUUGCAUGGCACUAACAUCUCUCGGAAGCCUUGUGGCAUUCAAUGCCAUGGUUUCUAUUGCAACCAUUGGACUGUACAUUGCUUAUGCCCUACCCAUCUUCUUUAGGGUGACCAUGGCACGCAAAUCCUUUGUCCCGGGACCUUUCAACUUGGGACGCUACGGGGUCCUUAUUGGUUGGAUUUCAGUUCUUUGGGUAGCAACUAUCUCUGUCCUCUUCUCAUUGCCCGUGGCCUAUCCAAUUACCAUCGAGACACUCAACUAUACUCCCAUUGCUGUUGGCGGUUUGCUGAUCGUCACAGUUUUAGCUUGGAUACUGAGCGCUCGGCACUGGUUUAAAGGUCCUAUAACGAAUAUAGAAGCAUGAACUUCUGUAUAUUCAAUGAUUUUCACUUCUUGCAAUCAUCUAUAGACUAGGUUUAGUUUUUAAGAAAAUCUACACAUGGAAUUAUCAAAAGCUGAUUGGCUUAAUUUGUGUAAAUUACUCAUUGUAUGGUAAUAAUUUUCCAGAUUAUAGAAAUGAAGUCUCAUUUGACUACAAA